AUGUCUUCCGCACAGGAAAUUCAGUUCGCCAUUAACCGCAUCUAUCGAGCCCUGGCCAACAAGAGGAAAGCGGGCUAUCGGGACAUUCGGUUAGGUCUUGACCGAAUCAACCGGGUUGUACCAGACACUCAAGAGUGGAAGGGAGUUCAUGUCGCCGGUACCAAUGGCAAGGGCUCAAUAUGUGCCUUUCUCGCCGGCCUGUUCAAAUUGGCCGGGCUCAGCUACGGCAGCUUCACAUCACCCGCCUUCCCAGAGAGACAUAACGGUGUCACCAUCAAUGGCCUCUAUGUGAAUCCGCGGAUGUACGAGAUGGAGAUGAGGCACGUCGAGGCCAAGUGGGAGCGCAUCGCCACUAACUGGAGGUUUCAACACGGCGAGGACCCCGAGGGCCUAUCACCAUUCGAACUUGAGACAGCAACUGCCUUCCGCGUCUUCAACAAGAUGCAUGUCCCUUACGGCAUCGUCGAGGUUGGCAUGGGUGGAGCCACCGACGCUACCAAUGCCAUGAAGGAAAAGGCUGUCACCGUCAUAUCAAAGAUUGGCCUUGACCACCAAGAGUUCCUCGGUAACACUAUCGAGAACAUUGCCAAGGUCAAGGGCGGUAUCAUGCAAAGAAACGUCCCCUGUAUCGUCGAUCAUACUAAUCCCCCCUCCGUCAUCCAUGCCCUCAGAGAGCACGCUCGCCAGGUAGGGACAGAUAUCAUCCUCACCUGGAAGGCCGAGCCCUUUCUCAUGACACUCGACAACUCAAAGUGGAAACUCGAGAGCUACCAAGUUCAGAACCUCCUCUGUGCUGCUCUCGCCUUCCGUCAUUUAUUCCCUCUAAAAGAAAUUGACUUGAACAAGCUCAUGGCUACGAACCCCUUCUUGCCCGGACGAAUGGAGACGGUACAGAUCUACCCACCGGCUUCUGGUCUUGAAUCAAAAAGCAUUCUCGUCGAUGGAGCUCACAACAUGCUGGGAAUUGAAGGACUGGUUAGCCAUGUCGACAAGCACAUGCGAAAACCAGAUCAACCAGUGACCUGGGUAAUGGGUAUGUCUUCGAGCAAGCACAAGCCAUUCCACCGAAUUAUCGAAAAGGUUGUCAAGCCCCAAGACAACCUCGCUUUUGUCGAGUUUACUCCCGGCACCAACGAUCCCCAGCCUGCACCCGCCAACUACGGCGCCGACCACGCCAAGACCAUUGUCAAGACUCCUGAGCAAGUGUACGACGGGGAGCCCACCAUCGCGAACGCUCUGCCAUGGGCUUGCGAGAAGGCUGGCCAGGACGGACCAGUAGUUGUGACAGGAAGUCUUUACCUCAUCCGAGAGCUCUUUGGUCUUGAAGGUGUUCGUCGGGCACGACAGCUAGGCACCCGGAGGCCUGGGCGAGCGCAACUAUACCGAUAUGUCAAGUUGGCGCAAGAGAGGAACUUGACAAAAGAGGAGGCUCGGGAGUUCAAGCAAGCGAGGCGACACUUUCACCUGUCGCCCCUCCGAAGCAAAGUCUUCUUGAAUGUACGUGACGGUGGCAGUCCUCAGUCCCCGGAGGUGUCCGCUGAAACGUCAGAGCAGCAGCGCAAAGCCGCGUACCACAAGAAGCAGGAGGAGGGAUACAAGAAGACCAUCGUCGCUAUCCAGAACGAUCUAAAACGACCGACUACCACUACCAGUGGUGGGAAUGCCGAUGAGGUCGUCGAGGCAGUGGGAAACCUUGCCGCUCGGCUCGAGGACCUCAAGAACCAAGCCUCGAUGCACAGGAAGGAGUAUGAGGCGGCCAUGUUCAAUGUCAGGGGGCAUACUGCGAUGGCUCACAAGAAGUACAUGGGCUAUCGCAAGAUCUUUGGGCGGUCAAAGAAGCCCAAGGCCCCUGCCGGCUCCCCGUUCCUCUCGUCACCGGGGGGCAGGCCUAUCGCGGUGCGCAAAUCGUCCGUGACAUGGAAUGAGCAAAAGGUGGAUGAGGCUGCGGCAUUGGCUGAGCAGAGAGGAACAUCUAAGAGAAGGAAGAGGGCGUCUGCGCCAAAGGAGGCAAAGAACGCUGACCCGUUUGCCGCGAAGCUGGCUUCGGCCCGGAGAAACCAACCCUCAUCUCGCCGCAACCAUCGCAAACUUGCGAAUCCCCUCAUUACACACCUCCGCAUGGCGCCCACACACCUCAUCAUCGUCUGCUGCCACGGCAUCUGGCUCGGCGGGUCAAGCCACGGCGCCGACGAGGCCGAGUGGCUCAUCGCCGACUUUCAGCGCGGCGAGACCCCCACCUUUAUCCAGCACGUCAAGGCUGGUGUGGAGGUCCUCGCCCUUGACCGGUCCGGCUCUGCGCUGGUGUUUUCAGGGGGCCCUACGCGUAAGGAGACAAAGAUAUCCGAGGCUCAGAGUUAUGCAAACAUCGCUGCCGAACACGGCUACUGGGGACUCUUGCAGGAUGGGCCAUCUAGCGACGAGAUCUUGGUGGAAGAGCGAGCACUAGACUCGUACCACAACGUCCUCUUCUCCUUGACGCUCUUCUACUCCAAAUUCAAAGCAUGGCCUUCAAAGAUCACCAUCGUGAGCCACGGCUUCAAAAAGGAACGACUCGUUGACGGACACUGCGCAGCCAUUGGAUUCCCCUUGGACCGUGUUUCGUUCAUCGGGAUAGACCCGCCGGGCAUGGUUGCCGCUGCUGCAGGCGCUUCUGAGGGAAAGGAUAAAGAGGAGGCUAUCAAGGGUGUUGGGUUGGCAAUGGGCGAGUGGAGGAGUGAUCCUCAUGGACGAGGAGAGAGCUUGGCUGGGAAGAGAGCGAAAAGGAACCCCUGGGGCAUGAGCCAAGGUGUUUUCCUGGAUGAGAGUCUUGAUCGUGGUGGUUUGGUGGUCAGGAUGCAGGAUGGGAAUGAAGUUCUAGAUGAAGAUACGGCAAGGCCAUGGUGA